GCACAACUUCUUGAUCGUCUACUAUGAAGUCUACCUUUCUACUUAUCAUUGCAUAUAUGCUAGCGUAUGCUAACGCUCAAGCUAGCAGCACUUGUCUGGAUGCAGCUGUGUUCAACUUGUGUAUCAAGACACAACAAUCAAAUCUGAAUUCCUGCGGCCCAGUUGACUAUAAUUGUCUAUGCCAAUGGCAGAAAGCAAUUCUUACCUGCUACAAUGUCUGUACUGAUACAGCAUCUGCUAACCAGGCUGCCAUACAACAAGGAGUGGUUACAAGCAUUUGCGGUGCAGCUUCCAUAGCAGUACCUCCGGCCACCAACGUCAGCCAAACAUCUGCCAGUGUGCCGAGUCAAACUAUGGCUGCAGGUCCAUCCAGCAGCAAUCUUCCGUUAACUAGCUCGGGAAGCAAUGGCACCAGUAGUGGAUCUAUAAAGGCCAAUCCAUCUGCAACCAUACCAUCGACUCCUCCUGCUAAUACCAAAUCGGAAGGUACCCAUGCUGUCUCCAGCGGAAUUGCUAUCGUCCUCCUUACAUCAUCUGUUCUUUACUUCAUUCUGUGAGAUAUAAAUUCUAUUGAAUUAUUCCAUAGUUUACAGUUGGGCCACGGAUGUUAUCAAGUUGAAAGAAAAUCUAACUACCGCUUUGCUACCAAAUACUGAUAUCGCGAUA